AUGGCCAGAGGACCCGGAAAGCACCAGCACCGCCUGUCGGCACCUUCGCACUGGCUUCUCGACAAAUUGUCGGGUGCCUACGCCCCCAAGGCCUCGCCCGGUCCCCACAAGCUCAGAGACUGCAUGCCUCUGAUCGUCUUCAUCCGUAACCGCCUGAAGUACGCCCUCAACGGCCGCGAGACCAAGGCCAUUGUUAUGCAGCGCCUCAUCAAGGUCGACGGCAAGGUCCGCACCGAUGCCACCUACCCCGCCGGCUUCAUGGACGUUAUCUCGAUCGAGAAGACUGGCGAGAACUUCCGCCUCGUCUACGACACCAAGGGCCGCUUCACCGUCCACCGCAUCACCGCUGAGGAGUCUGAGUACAAGCUCGGCAAGGUCAAGCGCGUCCAGCUCGGCAAGGGCGGCAUCCCAUACUUGGUUACGCAUGAUGCACGCACUAUCCGUUACCCCGACCCCGCCAUCAAGGUCAACGACACCGUCAAGAUCGACCUUACCACUGGCAAGAUCUCCGACUUCAUCCGCUUCGACACUGGCGUUAUCGCCAUGGCCACCGGUGGUCGUAACAUGGGUCGCGUUGGUGUCAUCACUCACCGUGAGCGCCACGACGGUGGUUUCAACAUCGUCCACAUCAAGGAUGCCAUAGACAACGAGUUCGCCACUCGCGAGAGCAACGUCUUCGUCAUUGGCCGCGAGAAGCCUUGGAUCUCCCUCCCCAAGGGCAAGGGUGUCAAGCUCUCCAUCGCUGAGGAGCGUGACCGCCGUCGUGCCCACGCCAUCGCUGGCAACUAAACUGUCUAACCGACUUCUAGGUUCAUGUGGUUCAUUGGUUGAUGUGUUGGAGGGUUCUCAUGCAUCAGGCAGCACAAAAAAGGCGUCUGGGGAGCAUGUUCAGAAGUUUUUACGCGAUGUGCCAUGCAGCACUUUCGUAGCUCUACGACAAAAGAAAGAUAUCCAAGUUCACAGCCUCGCGCCCAAAAUGAUUGAUGACUUUACUACAUUCGAUUCGUGUGAGAUGUGAGAUGUGAAACAUGUAUCGAGCAAAGUGUCAGCCUAGCAGAUGAUCGGCCUCGUAAGCAGUGGUCCAUGCUGAUGCCGGAUACAAGCAGUAGAACGG